GUUCUCAGCACUAAUGAGCACCAGGCUGUUCUAGCUCAAAUAGGCGGCUUUAAUUCCCGUCGCGAAAUAUAUAAACAGGCAUUCUCAUCGAAGUGAGCAAGGCUUCCAUGCCACUUCCUCCUUUUCAUUUGCAAAACAUAUUUACCAGAAUAACCCACUCUAUGAUAGAUUAAGGCAAAUAAUCAUCUUGAACCAAUCUUUUGAUAGAUACCCUAUACGGCAUAAUAUUUUUGAAUACAAACUUCAGUCACUAAUCCAGGUACCAUUACUCUCUAUGCAACAACAUCCUAGCGCAGUCAUGACCGGCUGGAAGAUCAAGGGUUGCACCGUGGCCGACGCUGCCGCCCUGGCGCGCAAUAACAUGGCCGCUUUUUGGGAAGAUCCGACUUGGAUCCUCGUGUGGCCCAAUGACAUCACAUUGGAUUUCCUCAUUGAACAGUCCACAAAGCGGCAGGCACGCAACCUCCUUCGCUCGCGAGAUGAUACUCGCCACCAGAAGGCCGUUGACCCGGCUACCGGUGCGGUAGUCGGGUAUGUGCGCUGGAUCCUGCCACCGGGCCAUGUGACUGCCGUGGGUGGUGGGCCAAUGUGGGCUGAGGUGCAAGUUCCUGACGUCGAGGAGGAGGAGCGGAAACACCAUGAGCAAUUGGCGGCGUCUGCAUGGUGGAAUCCGAGAGAGGAUAUGGACGAGCUUGAUGUGAAGAAUAAUUUGGUGAAGCAACGCAUCUUGGCCGAGAAGCCAUACAUCAGUUUGGAGUACCUAGCGGUCCAUCCGGAACAUCAAGGAAAAGGGAUUGCCAGCGCGCUCGUCGACAGUGGAAUUCAGUAUGCGGAGAAAUUCGGCCUUCCUAUCUUUGUUCUGGCGUUCAAGGCGGCCCGAGGAAUUUAUGAGCGGUUAGGAUUCAAAGAAGUGGAUCGCGUUAUACAGGAUGAUACCAAAUAUGGUGGACAGGGCGAAUAUGGUGCCUACUUUAUGGUGUAUGAUGUUUCCCCGAAGCCAGAUGAGCCAUAGAAUAUGACACGUACUUUUUGAUUUAUGAUAUGCCAUCCAGGACCCUUCCAUUCCCAUCAAUCCCCAUCAAGCAGUUGUGCUGUUACACCUAUGCCCAUCCCCGACCCCUGCGGCCCAAAGUUUUUGUUUCCUCUCAACCCCAGGCGAGGGCACGCGUACUUCUCGCAUCCCAAAUUCCAUUACAUCCCCCACCAGUGCAGGCUAUUUCUCAAGGAUUGUGCUCCAAAAUAUAUCAUCAAGUUAGCG